UACUGGACUAAUAAAGCUUGAUAGCUCAUUGAAGAGUGAUUCUCCACAGAGGCAGCUGGGGAUGAGUCAGCAGAAGGUCCAGCAGAGAUUCCAGGAGAGAGAGAAGGAGCUGAAGGAGCUCCAACAGACUGUGAAGUCUUUCAAGCGCUCUGCACAGUCAGCAGUGGAGGACAGUGAUCAGAUCUUUACUGAGCUGAUCCGCUCCAUUGAGAGAAGGAGCUCUGAGGUGAAGGAGCUGAUCAGAGCCCAAGAGAAGGCUCAAGUGAGUCAAGCUGAAGGACUCCUGGAGCAACUGAAGCAGGAGAUAGCUGAGCUGAGGAAGAGAAGCACUGAGCUGGAGCAGCUCUCACACACAGAAGAUCACAUCCAUUUCCUCCAGAGUUAUCAGUCUCUCUCCAGUAUCAGUGUAUCUUCAGACUUACCCAGCAUGGUGGUCCGUCCUCUUCAGUACUUUGGAGAUGUGAGUCAGACUGUGUCUGAACUGAGAGAGAAACUAGAAUACUUCCUUAAAGGAGAAUGGACCAAGAUCUCCACUACAGUGAAUAUAGUGGGUGUUGUACUGCCUCCAGAGCCCAAGACCAGAGAACAGUUGUUACAAUAUUCCUGUCAGCUCACACUGGACCCAAACACAGCAGACACACACCUCUCUCUGUCUAAAGGGAACCGAAAGGUGACCAAUACAGGCCAAGUCCAACCAUAUCCUGACCAUCCAGACAGAUUCACCAACUGGUGUCAGGUUCUGUGUAGAGAGGGUCUGUCUGGAUGCUGUUACUGGGAGGUGAAGUGGACUGGUUAUGUUGUUACAGCUGUCUCAUAUAAAGACAUCAGCAGAACAGAGGAUGAUGGUGGAUUUGGAUACAAUAACAAGUCCUGGAGUUUAGAGUGCUAUAGAGGUGAUUAUUGUUUCAGACACAAUAAUGUUGAGACUAAAGUAUCAGGCCCUCAGUCCUCCAGAGUAGGAGUGUACCUGGAUCACAAGGCAGGUACUCUGUCCUUCUACAGUGUCUCUGACACAAUGACCCUCCUCCACAGAGUCCAGACCACAUUCACUCAGCCCCUCUAUCCUGGGAUUCAUCUCUCUGGUACUGCUGAGCUGGUUAAACUGUAGUAGGGUUCACAUAGAUACUAGUCAUGCUGGUGUAGUCUAUAGCUGAGCUGGUUAAACUGUAGUAGGGUCCACAUAGAUACUAGUCAUGCUGGUGUAGUCUAUAGCUGAGCUGGUUAAACUGUAGUAGGGUCCACAUAGAUACUAGUCAUGCUGGUGUAGUCUAUAGCUGAGCUGGUUAAACUGUAGUAGGGUCCACAUAGAUACUAGUCAUGCUGGUGUAGUCUAUAGCUGAGCUGGUUAAACUGUAGUAGGGUCCACAUAGAUACUAGUCAUGCUGGUGUAGUCUACAGCUGAGCUGGUUAAACUGUAGUAGGGUCCACAUAGAUACUAGUCAUGCUGGUGUAGUCUAUAGCUGAGCUGGUUAAACUGUAGUAGGGUCCACAUAGAUACUAGUCAUGCUGGUGUAGUCUAUAGCUGAGCUGGUUAAACUGUAGUAGGGUCCACAUAGAUACUAGUCAUGCUGGUGUAGUCUAUAGCUGAGCUGGUUAAACUGUAGUAGGGUCCACAUAGAUACUAGUCAUGCUGGUGUAGUCUAUAGCUGAGCUGGUUAAACUGUAGUAGGGUUCACAUAGAUACUAGUCAUGCUGGUGUAGUCUAUAGCUGAGCUGGUUAAACUGUAGUAGGGUCCACAUAGAUACUAGUCAUGCUGGUGUAGUCUAUAGCUGAGCUGGUUAAACUGUAGUAGGGUCCACAUAGAUACUAGUCAUGCUGGUGUAGUCUAUAGCUGAGCUGGUUAAACUGUAGUAGGGUCCACAUAGAUACUAGUCAUGCUGGUGUAGUCUAUAGCUGAGCUGGUUAAACUGUAGUGGGGUCCACAUAGAUACUAGUCAUGCUGGUGUAGUCUAUAGCUGAGCUGGUUAAACUGUAGUAGGGUCCACAUAGAUACUAGUCAUGCUGGUGUAGUCUAUAGCUGAGCUGGUUAAACUGUAGUAGGGUCCACAUAGAUACUAGUCAUGCUGGUGUAGUCUAUAGCUGAGCUGGUUAAACUGUAGUAGGGUCCACAUAGAUACUAGUCAUGCUGGUGUAGUCUAUAGCUGAGCUGGUUAAACUGUAGUAGGGUCCACAUAGAUACUAGUCAUGCUGGUGUAGUCUAUAGCUGAGCUGGUUAAACUGUAGUAGGGUCCACAUAGAUACUAGUCAUGCUGGUGUAGUCUAUAGCUGAGCUGGUUAAACUGUAGUAGGGUCCACAUAGAUACUAGUCAUGCUGGUGUAGUCUAUAGCUGAGCUGGUUAAACUGUAAACUGAUUUGUUAUUAAUUCAAAUUCAAUACAAUGUUUUAAUCUUGUACAUUUCCAUGAAUCAUGAUGUCUGGUGUUGAUGUAUAUUGGUUGUCAUUCAGAACCAUUGAUAUGUUUUCUCAGUUGGUUCUCUGUCUCUAUGUAAUUCUCCUCAGUAUCAUUGAUCAGCUUGUUGGC